AUGGCAAGAACUGGUUUAGUGGAAAUCAAAAUUAAUAAUGGGGAAAAGAGAUUUUGGGAAGGAGUGGUUAAUUAUUGGGAAUUGAGAAGGAGAGGGAAGGAGGGAAGGAAAGGAGGAGCAAGUGAAAAAGUAAGCUACAAGAACGCCGAGGCACAUUGUUAUCAUCUCCUUGACCAAGGUUACCUCCAACGUGAUAUCUUGAAUGCUAUAGGAGGAGAACACGAAGAAGGAGAAACCAAGUUACCUUUGCGGAUCAAGAGCGCAUACAAAAGAUGCAUCAUUCGUACAACACCAUAUUUCAUCGUCGUAUUGAUCUCAAUUGUUGGUAAAGGGUCCCAAAGUUGA